ACCCAGUUGGGAAUGCCUCAGGGCACUUCCGGUUCAAUGAGUUCUGGUCAGUAUAUCAGUCAAAUGGCGGGCUCGCAGUUAAGCCCGUUGACCCCAUGCGGUAGGGAGCUCCUAGAGCUCCAACAGGUCGAAAGGAUCCGCGAGCGGUUAGAGAGGGAACUAAAGCAGGCAACCGAUAGAGAAAGAGAGAUCAAAAAUAGAACAGCCAGGCUUGAUACGUUAGAGGCAGACAAGGCUGCGUUAGAGGGUUUGGAUGAGUCAGCAAUGCCUGACCAACUUAAGGUAUUGAAGAACAAUAUGUUGUCGUUGCAUGCGCACAUAGACAGCAGAUUGGACUUUAUGCAGAACUCUCUAGACCAGAUCUUGGAUCUUUUGCAAAGGCCAGGAUAUAGGCCAGCAACACAGUCGUCGUUGCUGUUAAUGGUGAUGUCAGGCCCCUUUCCUGUACAAGCUGGCACACAACCAAGUGGUACAUCUGCAGCAGCCGCACAGACUGUUGCUUCUUCUUCUUCGGGUCCAGCGGUGAUAGCUACACAACCACCGCAACAACCUGUUCCUCAACAGGGACAGUCGCAAGGUCAAUGGUACCCUAAGACCCCUAUGAAACCGCCUUUUGCCUUCUCAGGAGAGAAGAAGGACGAGGAACUCAACACAUGGUUGAGAACGGUUCCGGUAUGGGUAAAGGCGAAGAGGACUUUGCAGGAGGAGGAGGUGAUUACUGCUGUGUCUUACCUUGAGGGUAAGGCAACCAAAUGGCUGGAUGGUUUAGUUGCAAAGGCCGGGUACGGGCGACGCAUGGCGGACUGGGCUAAGACCAUUACAUUAGACCAGUUCUUAGAGAUGGUAGAAGCUCGUUGGCACAAUCCUCAGCAGGCACAAAUGGUCACUGAUGCAAUGCACAGACUAGACCAAAGAAAGUUCAAGUCAGUCAGAGAGCUUACGACUACCGUGGAAAGCCUCAUCGUCGUUCCCGGCAUCAAUUACGAUAACCAGUUCUUGUUGACCACAUUUGUGAGAUGUCUCCCAGAGAACCUCAGGAAUUUGCUGGCCAGCGAGGCUCGCCUCGAGUAUCACUCGUUUGAGACGUUAUCUAGAAAAGCCUUAGAUUUAGAAGCCAUUCUAGGAAAUGCUCAACCUUCUCAGAAUGACGGGAGGAAGAAGAAGAGUCCACAGGAAUGGAAGAAGAAGGGGGCUAAAUUGAUGAUGGUUGAGUCCGAUGGGACUCGAACAGAGAUCGACGAGCUCACCGACCUGUUGGAUGUUUCGGAGUACGACGGCGAGGAGAUCGCUGAGGGUAGUACCCUCUCCGCAGUAGUUAAGGCUAAGGUUGGUGGCCGAGUGAAGGGCCAUCAAAAGAGUCAAGGGAAGGCCGCCUCCAAUCAGACCAAAGUUGUUGAUUGGGUCAAGGCAGGUCUUGAUAAAGAAGUGUGGCGAGACCGUCGAGUGCGUGGUGCUUGUAUUAACUGUGCCUUGAAAGAUCUGGAAAGUGAGUGGUCAAACAAGGACCCUCGUGAAUCUUGGGUGGCACUAAGGAAAGGUCCUAGAGGGGAACAUUUCGUGGUGGAAGUUGAUGUAGGAGGCCGCAAAUGUGGUGCCUUCAUAGACAUUGGCUCCACGCGGAAUUACGUAAGUCGCGAGUGUUUGGAAAGGCUGCACCUACAGGACCGGGUACAGUACCUUAGUAGACUUGUAGCAUCUACUUUGGCCAAUAAGGAGCGCAUGAUAGUCACAGACUAUAUCAAGGAUGUAGUAUGUACCUUCUCCUAUGGAGGAGGGGAACUUAAUCAUAAGAUUUCGUUCCUGGUUAGCAACGACUUGCCAUUCGACAUGUUGUUAGGCAUGUACUACCUUGAGGUUGCCAAGCCCCAGUUUGACUGGGACAAGAAGGUACUAAAACAUAAGUUGUCUGAUGGCAGAACAAUCAGAUUGACUAAGUUCAAAGCCAGUAGCAUAAUAGAUACCUAUGGCUGCUUGUGUGCAUCAUCGUUCUAUAAUUAUUACAAACAGAACCAAGAGGAGGGUAUGUACCUAGUGUAUGUCUCUGAGAAAGGGGAGGCCGUUAAAACACCCCCAGAGAUAGAACACGUCGUUGCUAAGUUCCCUGAUCUGUUCGUGGAGCCUACAAGAGUCGUGGAAAGGGAGGUUGUCCACGCCAUAGAAAUCAUUCCAGGGAGUAAAACCCCAAAGGGAAGGAUCUAUAGGAUGGCUCUGGUCGAGUUGGAUGAACUUCGACAACAACUGAAAGAGCUGACAAAAAAGGGAUGGAUCCGGCCAAGUUCUUCCCCCUACGGAUCUCCAGUGCUAUUUGUACCGAAGAAGGGGGGUACAUUGAGGAUGUGCAUUGACUAUAGAGGCCUCAAUGCCAUCACAGUGAAGAACGCAGAGCCUUUACCUCGCAUAGACGACCUAUUGGAUAGGGUGCAGGGAUGCAAGCACUAUAGCAAGAUAGAUUUAAAAUCCGGCUACCAUCAGAUCGCAAUAAGACCUGAGGAUCAGCACAAGACUGCAUUUCAGACCACAUAUGGUCUUUAUCAGUUUGUUGUGAUGCCCUUUGGCCUUUGUAAUUCGCCGGGUACAUUCCAACACACCAUGAAUAGGAUCUUCCAUGACCACUUAGAUAAGUUUGUCGUUGUUUAUCUCGACGAUAUUUUGAUCUUUAGUAAGUCUGUCGAGGAGCAUGCGCAACAUGUUGAGACUGUACUAUCUCUCCUACGACAGCACAAGUAUAAGGUUAACCUAGAGAAGUGUGAGUUUGGACGCACUAAGAUCUUAUACUUGGGUCAUGAAGUAUCCGCGAAAGGUAUUAGGCCGGAAGAUGCGAAGGUGGCUAGUAUUCGAGACUGGCCACGACCUCAAACCGUCACUGAGGUCAGAUCGUUCUUAGGAAUGUGCGGCUACUAUAGAAAUUUCGUAAAGAACUAUUCCACAGUCGCCUCUCCUUUGACAGAUCUAACUCGACUUGACACGCCGUGGGACUGGAGUGAUGAGUGCGAGGGUGCUUUCAAACGACAGAAGCAUGCACUCAUGAAUCAUGAGGUUCUCAUGGUGCCCGAUCCUCAGAAGCCAUUCAUAGUGACCACUGACGCAAGCCAAUAUGACAUUGGCGCAGUGCUGGCUCAACAGGAUGGGAAGAAGUUGAGACCGAUUGAGUACAUGAGCAAGAAAAUGCCAUCGAUGAAUUUGGCAAAGUCCACCUAUGAAAGGGAACUCUAUGCUCUCUAUAAGGCACUUGUCCAUUGGAGACAUUUUCUGUUGGGACGGUUCUUCUACUUGAGAACUGACCAUCAGAUGCUCAAAUGGAUCAAGACUUAACUAGAUCUUUCUGAUGCACUCAAGCGA